AUGGCAGCAACCGAAGCAGAUUUUCAUGAUAUUUUAAAUGCCGAGUCGUUGGUAGACAUUGGCAAGCUAAGAUCCGCUGCUCGCUAUGGUAUCCCUGACGAGGUUCGCGGCCAAGUAUGGAAAUAUUUGCUUGGAGUUGAGACUGCUGACAAGUCCCAGGAAAUUUCUAUCCAUAUGGAAAAGUAUCGAGAGUAUCUUCAAUACAACAAGGAAAAUACAACUCUGGUCAAGCGAGUGCGUGGAGAAACCUCUCGCUAUUGCUGGCGUCGCAAAAGGGAUUUUGAAAAGGCUGGAUGUGUAGAUAUAGAACAAAAGAUUGAGAAUGUUGUGUCGGCUUAUUUGAAUGUGCACCAUCGAUCUCAAAACCUAUUGCCAGAGGUAUUGAUCUCACUCUGUGGCCCAAUAGCGUGCUCGUUAGCCAUCGAGUCUGAAGUUUAUUUCAGUCUUGAGAAGCUUUUGGUCCAAACUGACGAAUUGCUUGCAACAAAGGAUUUGAAUUCACGACUAGCCAACUUUCUCAUGCUGUUUCGUAUUCUCAUGCCGGAUCUGUACAACCAUUUUGAAGAGGAGGAAGUCAACUUUCGUGAUUGGGCCACAUCCUGGUUUCAGUAUCUAUUGGCACGCGAGCUUCCGUUAGAAUGUGUGAUGCGACUAUGGGACACUUAUUUCUCCAUGCCAAGUGGAUUAUCCCUUCAUGUAUUUGUUUGUUUAGCCAUGUUGUCUCAUGUCAAGGAUAAUCUAGAGGAACUGGAGCAGUCAGAAAUACACUCCUUGUUGCUAAGACUGCCCGUUUUGGAUAUGGAUAAAAUCAUAUCGCACGCAUUUCGGAUCAAGUAUGAAGUCAUGGAGCUAGCAUUGUCCGAUUUAGAUUGAUUUAAAUACCAAGUAGUUGAAUAUAUCCUUGGUCACUUGAAGGUUUCAGCUGCAUGUUUUACAUGCAGAAUAAACACUGCCUCGACUAGUGGCAUGCCGUUCUUGUAUUCCAUUCAUCUGUUGCUAGUGUAAGAUAUGAGACAACACAGCUCGAGAUGGUCGACAGUUUGCUUUUAUCAAGAACUGAUGCUGAUGAAGCUAUACCGAGUUUUAACCCCAAACAAUCGAAUCUGCAAGAAUAUCAUCCAUAAUCUAGUCAUGAUGGGUUUAACAAGUUUUAUUUUUGUUAAAAGUCGGAAUAAAUACCAACUCCAUCUUCCAAUAAAAAGGUUGAUACAUUGUAAUAACUGCCAAUUAACAAAACGAUCCGUUCAAGAGGUUACGGAAAAGUCUUGGAUGAAACUCUGAAAUGCUGUUUGGAGCGCUUUGUGAGACGGAGAUCUUUAAAGACUCUCCACACAUUCUUCCACUUGACUGCAUCAUCUCGCUAUUGAUAUCUAUAUCCAUCAUAGAUCGCUUUUCUGGAGAAACCAGUACAGGAUAUGAAGUAGCCAUUAUAUUAUUGAUACCUGACAAGGAGGUAGUAGGUGGAAGCGUUGGAUGGGUGUGAGACUGAUGCAUGGAGUGAUCUCGAUACAACUCGAACGUAUCUUGGCAAGACGGCAAGGUGGAUGCUAUGGGCCAUGCAGU